UUUACGUUUCGUGUCCUUGUAUAAUUAUUAAAAGAGCUCCCUUUCACUGUCAAAAGCGUACCAGAGACACGUUUUCUAACUUCUCUUGGUAAGACUGAGAAAUUAAGCAGUAGUACUUCCUGAAACCAUCAAGAAGAAAAAUGUCAGUGACACUGCAUACAGAUGUAGGUGAUAUUAAAAUAGAAGUUUUCUGUGAGAGGACACCCAAAACUUGUGAGAAUUUUUUGGCUCUUUGUGCCAGUAAUUACUACAAUGGCUGUAUAUUUCAUAGAAAUAUCAAAGGUUUCAUGGUUCAAACAGGAGAUCCGACAGGUACCGGAAGAGGAGGUAACAGUAUCUGGGGCAAGAAAUUUGAGGAUGAAUAUAGUGAAUAUCUUAAGCACAAUGUUAGAGGUGUUGUAUCUAUGGCUAAUAACGGGCCAAACACCAAUGGAUCUCAGUUCUUCAUCACCUAUGGCAAGCAGCCACAUUUGGACAUGAAAUACACAGUAUUUGGAAAGGUAAUAGAUGGUCUGGAGACUCUGGAUGAAUUGGAGAAGUUACCAGUAAAUGAGAAGACCUAUCGACCUCUUAACGAUGUACACAUUAAGGACAUAACUAUUCAUGCCAAUCCAUUUGCACAAUAGCAGUAAUCUGGAAAAAUAUUUGGCAGACUAUUCAAGGAACACACCUAUUGUGGUUUACCCAGUUUUAAUUAUGUUGAAAGAUUACAUCAUCCUUCUUCUUGUUUAUAGCUAAGAUCUUCUAUGAGUUGGUGGUACCAUGGGGGCCCAAACAGCUUUUAUUCCCAUUAUUAAAGCAUAUUUUUUAUUAUAACUAUUAUCUAAUGUAUUUAAGUUUAAUU